CAUUUCCGGUGGGUGCGCGGGGUCCGAGCGGCAGAAUGCGCGCGCGCGUCGGGACCCAGCUUUCCCGAAAGAUGGGGCAAAAAAAGCAGCGACUGGCAGAGGCAGAAGGGCAGCAGAACCCACCAGACACAGCCCAGACAUCUUCUCCUAAGGAGCCCCGCUUGGGAACACCAACCCUGGGCCUCCAACGCAGCAUCUAUUUCUCUAGCCCAAAGGACCAUCCUGUCCGGCUGGGGCCAGAGUUUUUUGACCAGCCAGCAGUCCCCCUAGCCCGGGCAUUUCUGGGACAGGUCCUUGUCCGGCGACUAGCUGAUGGCACAGAGCUCCGUGGUCGCAUUGUGGAGACAGAGGCAUACUUGGGGCCGGAGGAUGAAGCCGCCCACUCAAGGGGUGGCCGACAGACUCCCCGCAACCGUGGCAUGUUCAUGAAACCUGGGACUUUGUAUGUGUACAUCAUAUAUGGCAUGUACUUCUGCAUGAACGUCUCUAGUCAAGGGGAUGGGGCUUGUGUCCUGCUGCGAGCGCUAGAGCCCCUGGGGGGCCUGGAGAUCAUGCGGCAGCUUCGCAGAACCCUUCGGAAAGGCACUGUCAGCCGUGCCCUCAAGGACCGUGAGCUCUGCAGUGGCCCCUCCAAGCUGUGCCAGGCCUUAGCCAUUGACAAAAGCUUUGACCAGCGGGACCUGGCCCAGGAUGAAGCCAUAUGGCUGGAGCCUGGACCCCUGGGGCCCAGUGGGUUAGCCGUGGUGGCAGCAGCCCGUGUGGGAAUUGGCCAAGCAGGGGAAUGGGUGCAGAAGCCCCUGCGCUUCUACAUCCGGGGCAGCCCCUGGGUCAGUGUGAUGGACAAAGUGGCUGAGCAGGAUACCCAGGCCUAAGCAAAGAGCCUGUUCCAACAGGCUUUUUAAUUGUUUAAAAGCCAAAUAAAUGUUUUGUUUCUAGAGAACUGUUGUCCAUAUCUCAGUUAGAGCUCCCUGGCCAAUCGGCAUGUGUCUACAGUUAGUU